CCCCCCGUGGGGAAUGAACCCACAACCCUGGCGUUGCAAGCGCCAUGCUCUACCAACUGAGCCACACGGGACCGUGUCAAAUUACCUUUGACCUAUUUCAAAAGGAGGCCAGAGAGGAUGCAGGAGUUUAAGCAAAUCCAAUUGAGAAAAGGCAAAUUAACUAAGCAUGCGUUUAGACAGGCAUCCCAAUUUGGAUCUUUUUUCCAAUAAUUUGUCURUUGACCAAUCACAUCAGAUCUUUUUCAGAGCUGAUCUGAUUGGUAAAAAAAUAUAUAUAUCAYAAUUGGGCUGCCUGUCUAAACGCAGCCAAAGUAGACCAGACCCAACUGCUAUUGCAUUGGUGUCUAUGGGAGAGUCACAGGAACUGACCAUUUUUUUUCCCUCAAUGGUAAACGGCCUGAGUUCACAAUCUUAAAGGUCGUGGAGCUCCAUGCAAAAACCAUUUCUCAGUAUUGCAACUUCAGCUUUUGGGACAACGGUAUUGUUGUCAGACUUCAAUAAUCAAGUUUUUAAUACAGUACCUUUCAAAAAUAGUCAUGGUAGCUGGUACCCACUGGGCACAGAUGUCAAUUCAACGUCUAUUCCACGUUGGUUCAACGUAAUUGAAUUGAAAUGACGUGGAAAUAACAUUGAUUCAACUAGUGUGUGUCCAUUGGGUAGCUACACUGCUUCCAUUUUUGCUGAGAGGCGAGAGGCUCAACUCAYCCAAAAAUCUGUCUUCUCCAGUAGGUGGAGUUGAGUUUCUGUAUGGAGGUCAAUGAGUGUCGAAUUUGGUCAACAAAAAUUGUAUGGCUUAUUCAUCAGUUUUUUUAGCUUGAAUAGUUUCGUAAUGCUUAGGUUGUUACGAGUGUGCUGAUAUAAGUAGGACACGUGACAUCCUGAUAACUUUGAAAAAACACUAUCGGGGUUGUCUUGAGAUGGCUAUGCAUAUUCAUGACAUGAGACUAGUAGUAUAGCAUCUCUCGCCAUUGAAUACAAGCAGUAGACGUCAACAACACUCAUUUGAAUAUUUCAAAAUGUAUUAAAAUGAGACAUCCACCAAUCCAAAGAGAGGAAUAGGUGGAGUUUGACAGUCCACGUGCCACUGUAGACAACAACUCCUUUUGUCUCUGCGGAGAGACGAGUAUCUUGUCAGUAUUAUCCAUAAUCUUAGAUUUUGAUGAUUUUCUAUGGAUAUGUAUUUUGGCUAAUGCAGGAACUUCUGUUAUAGUGAAAAAUGUUUGCAUUUAAAAAUUCAGCUCCAUAGGGCCCACCUAUGUUUAUACUCAAGCAUUUAUGGAAAUGUGCUUUUAGAGUAGCAAUGAGGUCCAGGCUUGUUCGUGGCAGUGACGAGACAGGUGUGGCUGUAGUGGAUUAAAAAAAAGGCUUAAUCUUUGGAGAAUCUCUUCAUUCACAAAAGAGGUGGGUAUAAUCUUGUCUGGACUUCAGCCUGAGCUUUGUAAAGCAACAGCAGAAGCACUUCAUCCACCACAUGGAGGCCCAUGCCCUGGUGGUCAGGAUGCUCCAACCAGUGGUCUUCCCCUUCCUUGUCCUCCUGGUCUCUGUGGUCACUCUCCUGGCUCUGGCCCAAGGAAUCAGCGACUUUCUUCUACUGGGUCAAACACUGGAUGACGCUCCAUGGGACACUAUAGACAAGGUGGCAAGAUGUCUGUCACUCAUCAAACACCCAAAGUGAUCCACGAUAAGUGGGGGUCAGGCGAUACAGCUUCUGGCUUAAGAUGGAGACAGGUCGACAUUUCUCUUCAAGCCACCAGUGGGAGCAGACUAUGACUGUAACUUAUUCUUUGCUCUUCUGCAAAAUCAGGUGACAAUGUCAAUACAGAAAAAAGAGGAAGGUCUGGAGCAGGGGACUUUGUUGUAUGUGUGAAUGAUAUAGCUGCCGCUACACAGUGGCCUCUCACAUUGCCAAGUGCACACAUCGUGCCAUUUUGUUCUGUAAGGCCUGCUGCCUUCCUGCAAUCCAACCCCGGUUUUGCUCUAUUAGGUGAUGUCAGGAGGACUUGCCAGUAACCAGUUAAGGCUUUGAAGAUGGUCACAGAUGCCACUGAAUUACAUUUGCUUUGUCCUCCAUCCAAGUUAUGUACUAAAAAUGGAGUCAUGAUUGCAUGGAAUGGAAUUGAGACUGAAGGAAGGAAAGGGCAUCCUGUCCAACACUGACAACACAUUUUUCUCACCAUUUAUGAUUAAACUUUUGAUAUCCUA